AUGAAUAUGAACUUGUGCGAUGAAAACUGGAGAUGAAUGCUUCAUCUCUGACCCACAUAAUGGCGAUAUAUCAGGCUGGGUAAACGGAUCUGAGCCGUGUUACCGCCUGCUCCUCCGCUGUGAGCUCCCGGUGCGGUGGGAGCUUUUAGCGGCGCGCCUCGUCUCUCAUCUUCCUCCGCCUGGACCUGACUCUCCUCUUCCAUCCUCUCUUCCUCUCUCCCUCUUUCCAUCUCGGUACCAGAGGGAGGAGAGGAGGGAAAAACUGAGGCGACACACGCCGGGAAAAGGGGCGACGGAAACGGGAAAAGUGAGGCUGAGAGAUUACCCAGAGCUUCCUCUGUGGGAUUCCAAACUGAAGGGCCCAGUGUGAGGUGGAAGACCAUCCAGAGGUGAGGAAACACACCUUUCAUCUUCUCAGCGUUCCCUGAAUAAUCCUGCCCUUAACUCUUCUCUGGAUCUGGGUCUCCGCCUACCUGUUCCCCAGCUCCCCAGAGAGUCUCCGACGGGGUGCCGAUGUCAUGGCGGUGCCCAGUGCCCAAGAGUUUCACUGGCAGAGCUUGGCUCGACUGCCCAGCGGCCGUGUCUAUCACACUCUGUCUGAAGUGGGGGGGCAGAUGUACAUGCUGGGGGGCUGUGACGCUGCAGGAAGGCCAUGUCCAUCCCUGGAGCUCUACUCCCCAGAGGGGGACCGGUGGAUAAGCUUGCCCCCUAUGCCCACUCCUCGUGCUGGGGCAGCUGUGGCAGUUAUGGGAAAGCAGAUCCUGGUGGUGGGAGGAGUGGGAGAGGACCAGAGCCCUCUGAAGGUGGUGGAGAUGUAUAACACAGAGGAGGGGAGGUGGAGGAAGAGAAGUGCUCUACGGGAGGCACUGAUGGGUGUAUCCAUUACAGUGAAAGAUGGCCGUGCUCUGGCUCUUGGGGGAAUGUGUGCAGACCUGCUUCCCCGUAGUAUCCUGCAGCAGUAUGACCUUCGAAAGGACGUGUGGGCGCUACUUCCUUCCAUGCCGACCCCACGCUACGAUGCUAACACACAUCUGCUUGGCAAUAAGCUCUAUGUGGCAGGUGGCCGUCAGUGUAAGCGACCGUUAAAGGCCUUUGAGGUGUACGACACAGAGACGCGAUCUUGGACUACGCUACCCAUGAUGCCAUGCAAACGUUCCUAUGGGGGUGUGAUAUGGGACCCAGCUGGCAGGCUGUGCCUGUUAGGAGGACUGCGGCAGGGCGGGGGACACCAAAGCUCCAAGUUCACCAAGAACGUCAAUAUUUUUGACACCAACCAAGGCACCUGGCUGAAGUCAGAGGAGACAGUGGCGAUGAAAACAAAGAGAGCUGACUUUGCUGCUGCCUUCCUGCGUGGACGGAUGGUGGUCGCAGGAGGACUUGGUCAUGAGCCUUCAGCACUAGACACUGUGGAGGCCUUUCAUGCUCAGAAGAAGAAGUGGGAAAGGUUGGCUCCAAUGAACUUCCCCAGAUGUUCCGCUUCUUCUAUCGUCAUCAGAGACCGCCUCCUGGUAGUGGGAGGAGUCAACCAGGUUCCCAGCUCGGCACACGAGAUCCUCUACAUUAAAGAAGAAGAGUAUCUGUAGCCUGUAGCGACUGACGCCCAGAUGAUCGCAGAUGAGCCGUGAUUCCACUUCCUCCUUCCCGAACACCCGUUGUGACUGUAGUGCAAUAUUUAAGAACCAUCACAAACACUGAGAAAUGAGUGCAAGUCUGGCUGCCUGAUGUAAUGUAUCGGAUAAGACUGCCCCCUGCUGGGCGUAACUGGCACUGAGCCCCACAUGUCAGCACACAGAUGCACAAUGGAGGAGCUGGCUCUUUCUUUUUACCGAGCUGAUCCUUGAUACCUUUAUGUAUGCAACACUUCUACAUUGUACACUGUAGUGCAUACUUGAGGAAGGAACUAUUUUGUAGCUAUCGUGUCUAUUCCUGUGGACAGAAGAUACGUGGAAGAUGUAUUUAUAUUGCAUAUAUAGCGGUUUCAUAUCUGCAUUCAUUUGAUUUACGUGUAGCUUGCCGACUAUUGAGCAAGGGUAGAUUUCAAUUUAGCUAAAUGACACAACUGCAAUCCUUAUCUCUAAUUUAAUAUGAUCUAGAAACAGUUGAGUGUUUGGUUAAUAAAAUAUUCAGUAACAACAUUUGCACUGAAUCAGUCAACACUGAGUGGGAGCUUUGCCUUCAAUUAUUUCUAGUGUAAUGUGUUGUAGUAAUUACACUCAGAAUGCUGUAAUAAAACUCCUCCGUGCUGUAAUAGUGCACAUUUGUGGCCAAAUGUAACACUUUGCAUCCAUGAAAUGAGACUUGUGUUAAAUAACCGUGUUUUUUGUGGUUAAACUAGUUACUGAAUUGCUGUUAUAAGCAAAGGAAGGAAUCCUGUGGGACUUACAGGAUGAUUGUAGACGUUUUAUUCCUGCAGCAAUACACUUUCUCUGCGUUUUAUAAUGUUGUGUAGUGCAGUAAUAUUGUAGUCGUCUCACUCAGGUUAUGUUCUAGGUUGACUUUUGUUUGUCUGUUCUUGUAGCUAACAACAAAAUCAUCUCUUUGGUUUAUGUUCUGUGACAGAUGAUUAAUCUGUGGAGUUUUUAUAUUAAUUGUGAUGACAGUUAAGCCUUUGCAAAAUGUUAUCUCAGUCUGCACCGUGAUCAUGGUCAGUCAUCGUUCCUACAUCCGAUCAUGCCACACUAUAGUGUAAACAUGUCAUAUUCAGUGAAAUAAAAGUUUGUAUUACACCUUUUUCCCCA